AUGACCCCCAUUAAGAAGAGUAUUAGACUAUUCAUGAUACUUGUGUCAGUAGGUCUGACUCUUCCAAAAGGAAGUCUUGCACUUCGCAACUCCACUCUUUGUGAAGGGUAUGAACCGGUAACAUGCACCAUCCACAAAUACAACAGCUGCCCUAACAAGCUAGAAGGCCAUAGGAUGAGCAGUGAGAGACGGUCGUGUGCUGUUUGUACCACUCCCAAUGCGGAAGAUCUCCAGUCACUUUCGUGUGGUCUUCCAUACGGUGUCACAUCUCUCAAACUGACUGGAAUAACAUUUACUCACUUUUCAAUGGCCUCCGUUGGUACACUACCUCGCCUUCGCUUUCUAGAUUUAGAAGGAGAAACCUUGAAUGGGCUUGCAGAUGGGGGACUGUCAGCUUUUCCUUCUUUACAGGGGAUACAAAUAAGACAGACAGAGAUUAGGGAUAUAAAACGUGGCUGGUUCAAUGGCUUGGUCAACGUCAAGCAUCUAAAUUUGGCUUUGAACUUGAUUUCAUCAAUUCAUCCUGGAGCUUUUCAAGGCCUACAGAGUCUCUCCAACCUGAAUCUUUCGUACAAUCAGUUGACACACUUAGAGGAACACCAUUUCUCAGGACUACAAGAUUUGGUGUAUCUGGACUUGUCUUUCAACAAAAUACAGGUUAUAGAGAAAGGUUCGUUCAAAAAUAUAUACCUCACUCUUCUCGAUCUCAAAGGUAACCAACUGAAGAGUAUCAAAAGGCAUUGGUUUUUCGGGAUGAUCGGUAUAAUUUGGCUUUCUCUAGAAGAGAACAUGAUCUCGACUAUAGAACCAGGUACGUUUUCCAGUCUUGGUGGGAUAAGUGCUUUGCAUGUAAGAGGAAAUAGUUUAGCAGUUCUGUGGGAGUCUUGGUUACGGGGGCUUGCAAGGCAGGAUUCCAAAUACAAAACCAUGCUGUUCCUAGGAGUCAGUCCAUUACGUUGCACCUGUGCCAACCGUUGGUUCGCUACGUCGAGCAAAAAGUAUUUUGACAUUGUCCCUACAAGCAUACUCUGCAAGUACCCACUGGAGAUGGAAGGAGGAGACAUCUUUUCUAUUCCCACAAAUGUCUUGCCAUGCCCCUCGCCUGUGGUGAAGAUUACGCAGGACGUCAUUGUUGAUCACGAUUUACAGUUUCGGUGCCAGGCGACAUGGGAGGAAGAGAGCAGUAUCUUCUGGGUCCUACCAGAUAACACGACUAUUGUAUUGCCGGGUUUAGGUGAGGAUGAAAGAAACGCCAACCUGACUUCUCAGCACUUCAACAUUUCAUUCCAACACGACAUAGGUGCUUGUGGAUGGACAUGGGAGACACCGUCAAGUGUAACUACAAACUGCUCACACGGCCUGACCGCUCCAAACUAUGCCGUCAGGACGGUGUCUGUGUUAGUUUUGCCUGAACGACUGGUUCAUAAGUGGAACGGUUUGUCUAUCCACUGCCGUGUUAAGUCCUUUUCAGGUGAUGCGUUGGCUCAAGCACAAAUUAUGUCAAAGGUACCACGGAGCACCACAGAAGAGGAACAUAGCAUCACCGUUGCAUCAUCGCCAAGUCCAACUUUUGCCCCAUACUCUUCUUCACUCUCUCGAUCUUUCACCAUCACAACGUCAACUUCAUCUCAAUGGAAACUGCAGAAACAUCCAACAACAGAUAUGGCGCCUGACACCUCUGAAACGUUGCAUCCAUUGGCAACUACUGUUGACCACAACACUCUCAUCUCAUCAAAGAUUGCCAGCAUCAACACAAGUGCCUAUACACAAGAACUCAUUGUUCUACUGCCUGAACAGACUAAGACACAUUCAUAUCUAAACUGGUACGUUAUGGUGGCGCUAUGUGCCCUGCCCGUGACAAUAAUCACCCUCACAGUCUCCAUCUUAGUUAUAAAGAACAGGCAAAACAACAGUAGGGACAAAGAUACGACAGCCAGACAACAAAAUCACGACGAACCAAUUAAUGGCACGGUUUCUGAGAUCCAGAGUAACCAGCCUAACAACAACACGCCGAAUGAACCGUAUUACUGGACGAUAGAUGAUAACGAUGACGAAGCCGUUCGCCAUUACGGAAUUUCUAAGACUUGUGCUCGGUACGGGCAGGCCGGGGCAAGGUCCUGUGUCAUAGGCGAACAGCGCAAUAACAACGGCAAUCAGGCAACUGCCGAAAGCACUGCAGUCCCUGGUGAUGGGGAGGUGAGGGACAGGGGUGGGACCCACAGUGAUAUAGAAAAUGCUGCAGGUUCUCUGUACGGAUGUGGAGACGUACGGGCCUGUGAUGAGGGACAGGACAGUGUCACGGGUGAACAACACACGGCAGAACCCAUCAUGUGUUACAACCUCUCACUUGGGAAUGACACUAAUGCCGUGGAGACUCAGGGCAGGGUCACGGGGGUCAAUUCCUGA